GUCUUCCCAUAAUCCCAUCGACACACUCCUCCUCUUCUUCUUCCUUCCUUCCAAGAAGAGAAGAAUCCCCGCAGCUCAAGCAAAGUAUCAGCCAGAGGCGGGAGGCAUCAGCUCAGCGGCGGGAGCUCGCCGGCACCCUCUUCCCGGCCGGCUGCACCCAGCUCCUGCCUGAUCGAAUCGUCUCUGGCGUGCGGUUAAUCCGUGAAUCGAGCAGCUUCUGCGGCGGCGGCCUUCUUGGCGGCGGCGAUGGGGCUCGAUGAAGCGGCGUCGGCGGCGGGAGGAGGCGGAGGGAUCCGGGCGCUCUUGCGGCGGAAGCAGGUGGACUCAGACCGGACCCGCGCCGGCGGCGGCCAGCAGCUCGCCAAGGAGCUCUCCAUCAUGCAGCUGAUCACAAUCGGCGUUGGUUCGACAGUUGGUGCUGGAGUCUACGUUCUUGUGGGAACGGUUGCUCGGGAGCACUCUGGACCGGCAUUGACACUUUCGUUUCUGAUAGCCGGAAUAGCCGCUGCGCUUUCGGCUUUCUGCUAUGCGGAGCUUGCUAGCCGUUGCCCCUCUGCAGGAAGCGCGUACCAUUAUUCAUACAUCUGCGUUGGUGAAGGAGUUGCAUGGUUGAUCGGCUGGGCUUUGAUACUGGAAUAUACAAUUGGUGGAUCAGCUGUUGCCCGCGGCAUAUCUCCUAAUUUAGCGUUAUUUUUUGGAGGACAGGGUAGUCUUCCAUGGAUUCUAGCACGCCAUGAGCUCCCAUGGUUAGAUGUUGUUGUUGAUCCUUGUGCUGCUGCCUUGGUUUUCCUUGUCACUGCCCUGUUAUGCGUCGGCAUAAAAGAGAGUACAUUUGUACAAGGAAUUGUGACAGUCCUGAAUUGCUGUGUGAUGCUAUUUGUUAUCAUAGUCGGUAGUUACAUUGGCUUCCAAACAGGAUGGGUCGGCUACAAGGUGUCUGGCGGGUUUUUGCCGUACGGAGUGAAUGGAAUGCUUGCUGGCUCAGCAACUGUUUUCUUUGCCUACAUAGGAUUUGAUUCAGUUGCUAGCACCGCUGAAGAGGUGAAGAAUCCACAACGAGAUUUGCCAUUGGGAAUAGGAACAGCACUGUCGAUUUGUUGUACCUUGUACAUGCUGGUUUCGGUUGUUAUUGUUGGUCUGGUGCCAUACUUUGCUAUGGAUCCAGAUACCCCUAUUUCUUCCGCCUUUGCAAGACAUGGAAUGCAGUGGGCUAUGUACCUUGUAACAUCUGGUGCUGUUCUUGCUCUCUGCUCAACCUUGAUGGGAUCAAUUCUGCCACAGCCAAGAAUAUUGAUGGCCAUGGCACGUGAUGGGCUGCUGCCAGCCUUCUUCUCUGAUGUCAGCGAGAAGACACAAGUUCCUGUCAAGAGCACAAUUGUAACUGGAAUCUGUGCGGCCUCUCUGUCAUUCUUCAUGGAUGUUUCACAACUGGCAGGAAUGGUCAGUGUUGGCACGCUCCUUGCAUUCACCAUAGUCGCUGUCUCCAUCUUGAUCCUCAGAUAUGUUCCUCCAGAUGAGGUACCCCUGCCAUCGUCUCUGCAAGCGUCAUUCCGUUUCAGCCAAGAAUGUGAUGAGGAGAAGGUCGUGGGUCCUCUUGGAGAUGAAGACCAUGAACAGGGGACAUCUGAGAUAAAGGAUGUGGUUGUAGUAGAAUCAGUAAAUGACCCCCUUAUUGAAAAGCAGAUCUACGCAAAUAAAUUGGAUGAGAUAAAGCGACGCAAAAGAGCUGCUCUCAGCAUAGCAUCUGUGUGUGUAGGGGUUCUGGUCUUGACAGCUUCAGCUUCUGUGACAUUCCUGCCAUUCCUGGUGAGUUGUUUCGUAUGUGUCUUUGGAGGCCUGCUCCUCCUAGCCGGUCUCGGUGUGCUCUGUUGGAUCGACCAAGACGACGGAAGGCACUCAUUUGGUCAUUCUGGAGGAUUCAUCUGCCCGUUCGUUCCACUGCUGCCAGUGAUGUGCAUUCUUAUAAACACAUACUUGCUGAUAAAUCUAGGGGCUGGCACAUGGAUGCGAGUUGGGGUAUGGCUGGUGAUGGGGGUUUUCGUGUACAUUUUCUACGGUCGAACCCACAGCUCGUUGACAGACGUUGUGUACGUUCCAGUGGCCCAGGCAAACGAGAUAUACGGGUCUCAAUCUUCGUUGGGGUUUGUAGCCUAGCUAGGAAGGAGACAAUAUUGGAGAUCAGCCAUGAGAGGUUACAUGCUCUUGAUUCCAUUCAGAGAAACCUUUAGCACCAUGACCGGAUCUGGAGGGCUUACCCUGCUGCUGCUGAUGCUGCCAAGUCCUGCAUGGCAUGACAGGCAUGGGGUUUGAAGAAUUCAACAAAUGCUUAAGCUAUGUAAAUGUGUGGAUAUGUUAUCAUAUGUAUAUGCAUGUUCCUCGUUGGAGGAACGUAAAUAGUAAUUAGGUAUUAAAUGGAAGUGUAAGGUUUGCAAUAUAUGCAAGGGGUAAAUUCAUGUAGGUACACCGUGUACCUGAGUGGAUAAAACAUGAGAUAUUGUUGUGAUAUCAAAGCAUGAAGCAAUUAAAGAAUCUUAGCUGAUACUGCUAUACUUAGAGGUGCAACAUGGUGACCCUCAAGGUACCAUUUGACCCUCCUUAGUUCAACCAAAUCAACUAAAAAUUUAAAAUGACACAACUUUUUGAAAAACUAGUUCAUUUGUUUGAACUAAAGAGGGUCAAAGGGUAAGGGUCAGCAUGUUGCAGCUCCAAGUAUGCUGUAUUGUAAUAGCUA